AUGCAAGACCCUCAAGGCGGAGACAAAGCAUACAAAUUUGGUCGUCUUUACACUAAACUUUUGUCCAGCAACUUGGACUUCCAAACGAGAGGUCUACCCAACAUCGAUCGCGAAACUCAAUACUUAUUACCACCCGUAUCCAGAAACUUUGACACGGCUGUUCAAGAUGAUAAAUCCAUGUCGUCGAGAAACACACGACGUAGAUUAGAACGAGAGGAAACUCCUCAUCAUAACGAGAUAGAUAUCGAUGAUUUACCACCCGCCAUUCAGCUAGCCCGAGCAAGGGAAAACGAGCGAGACGAGACCGCACUUAUUUACGUCAGCGAAUCCGAUUUACUACGAGAUUUGAUCUAUAUAUUUCAAGGAAUCGAUGGACAAUACAUCAAAUACAAUGGAGAGCUCAACGAUUAUGCAUUUAUCAGUGACAUCUCUGUCUCAAAACCCAUGAAAGAUAUGGUGCUCAAAUUAGCUGAUUUAGGCUGGCUUUACAUUCGAAUCCGAAAUUUUAUCAAACUCAAUAUCGAUAAUUCAAGUAUUGGCUUGGUAGGGCAAUCACUAUGUGCCGCUUUACAACAAGAAUUGACCGAAUAUUACAAAUUGAUCGCUAUUUUGGAAGCUCAAAUCGAAAAACAAAUUGCAAACAAAUCGUUACCGAAUGAUCAAACAAGUUUAACCUUGAAAAGAUUGACUGUUUGGACAUUGGAUUAUUAUCAAAAGUUGAAAUUGAUGAGUAUUUUAGUUGAUGUUUGCCAAGAUCAGAAGGGUGGGGCCUUAAUGACCACAAUACACAACUAUACAAAGCACGGGGACCCAUUUAUUAAAAAAUACAUCACAGAAAUGUUGCAAGUGGUAUCCAAGCCAUUUUACGAAAUGCUGGAAAGAUGGGUUUAUGAGGGUGAACUAGAUGACCCAUAUGGUGAAUUCUUUGUUGCUUGUGAUCCCACAGUGUCCGAAGAAGAUCUUUGGCAAAGUAAAUACAGUAUUCGUGAACACAUGUUACCCUCAUUUCUAUCCAAGGAACUCGGUCAACGGAUUUUCUCGCUUGGGAAAUCAUUGAAUUUUAUCCGUUACAGCUGUCAUGAUGAUAGUCUCGUCGAACAAUAUUAUACCAAUACGGAUAACAAUACAACAGCAAGACAAACGUUUAAAUAUGGCGAAAUUCAUGUUGUGGAAGAGGCCAUCGAUAUAGCCUAUUUAAAUACAAGCACAGCUUUACUCAAUCUGCUAAAAACAAAAUAUAAAUUGAUGGAUCACCUAAAGGCAAUGAAACGCUAUCUGCUUUUGGGUCAAGGUGACUUUAUCCAGUACUUGAUGGAUAUAUUGGGCGAUAAUUUGAGUAAACCUGCCACAACAUUGCUGAGAUACAACCUUACGGGUAUACUGGAAACAGCUGUACGUUCUUCCAAUGCUCAGUACGACGAUCCCGAAAUACUGAACCGAUUGGAUGUUCGUCUUUUAGAGAUUCAGAACGAUGAUUUAGGGUGGGAUGUUUUUACAUUGGAUUAUCACGUGGAUGCACCCAUCAACACUGUAUUUAGUUCCACUGCCAUGCAUCAAUACCUUCAAAUAUUUAAUUUUCUUUGGCGCCUAAAACGUGUGGAAUAUACAUUAUCCGCAUCGUGGAAAAAGUGGGGGAAAGCAAGUCGAGAAUUCGUGGGUGUACCUGAUAUUCAACAGGAUCUACAUAUUGCUCAAUUAACGAUCCAGCGUAUGGUGCAUUUUAUCUAUCAAUUACAACAUUAUGUUCUUUUUGAGGUACUGGAAUGUUCGUGGGAUAAAUUAGAAACGUUUAUCGGGAAAAAGAGUAUCGAUCUAGAUUCUAUUAUCGAGGCGCAUUUAAAAUAUUUGACCGAGAUUAGUGAUAAAGGGUUUUUGAGUGGACCUAAAGAACAAACCUUGUCUGGUCGAUUAAACAAUAUUUUUGAUAGCAUCCUCAAGUACAAAGUGGUUCUGGAUUAUCUACAUGAUUAUGCAACAUCGGCUUCUGCAAAAUCCAUGUACGGAAACACAGCAAAUACCUCAGACAGAAUUGACGCCAUCCGACUUCAACACCAAGAACAAGGUGAGGACUUUACAUUACAAGUAUUGCAAUUUUUAGAUAUCUUGAAGUCAUACCAUGAUGAUGACCUUAGAUCUUUAUCAACACGAUUAGACUAUAAUGGUUAUUACUCAUAUUUCAACUCGGAAUCGUAA